AAGGAAGGACCCCCCCUUCUCUCCCCUGCGCUCUCUGUGCACCGCCCCCCCCCCCACCGUUACAUCCCCUCAGAGCGCGCCGCCAUUUUCGCCGCGCCCCGUGGAUGUGAGGCCGAGCGCGGGUCCCGCUUGAGGAGCACCGAAAGGGGAGGGGGCUCCCGGCAAGACCCCCCUCCCCGAGCACCGGGGAUGCGUUGACGGUGGACGGGGCCCCACCGGGCCGGGCAGCGGCGAAGCUUUGGCCGGGCAAAGUGGGGGGCUCGUCGGAGGAGACGGCGGGAGGAGGAGGAGAGGAAGGCCGGCCGGGCCCGCGGGCCACGCACGCAGCCGCCGGGAUGUUGCAGAAUGUGAAUCCCCAGAGCAAGAUUUUGGGGGAGGGCAAUGCCGGCCUCAUGGCUUUGGCCACGGACUCUACUCCAGGCAAACGAAUCCGCAAACCUUCGCUGCUCUACGAGGGCUUCGAGAGCCCCACCAUGGCCUCGGUGCCUUCCCUGCCCACCCCUCAGGUGAAUCCUCCUCCUCCGGAGGUUUCCAAUCCCAAAAAGCCCGGCCGGAUCACGAACCAGCUCCAGUACCUGCACAAGGUGGUCAUGAAAGCCCUGUGGAAGCAUCAGUUCGCUUGGCCCUUCCGCCAGCCCGUGGACGCCGUCAAGUUGGGCUUGCCGGAUUAUCACAAGAUCAUCAAGCAGCCCAUGGACAUGGGAACCAUCAAGAGGCGUUUGGAGAACAAUUAUUACUGGGGGGCAGCUGAGUGCAUGCAGGACUUCAACACCAUGUUCACCAACUGCUACAUCUACAACAAGCCCACGGAUGACAUCGUGCUCAUGGCUCAGACCCUGGAGAAGCUGUUCCUGCAGAAGGUGGCUCAGAUGCCCCCGGAGGAGCAGGAGCUGCUGCUGCCCCUGGCCAAGAACAGCCACAAGAAAGGGGCAGCACGGGCUGCAGCCCUCCUGGCAGGUCUGACCAGUUCAGCCCAGCAGGUCCCGGCCGUCUCCUCGGUUUCCCAGCCCUCGUCCGGUUACGCUCCGAGCGCUCCCGAAAUUCCCACGACCGUCGUGAACCUCCCGCACCCUUCGGUGAUCGCGGCGCCGCUCCUGAAAUCCCUGCAGCAUCCCGGAGCCAUUCCUGGAAAUCCCAGCAAUCCCAGUAAUCCCAGUCCAACCAUCCUGGCUGCCCCCGCGCCCACCCAGCCCGUGGCUAAGAAAAAAGGCGUGAAGCGGAAAGCCGACACCACCACUCCCACCACCACGGCCAUCAUCGCCACGAGCGGCGGCGAAUCCUCCCCUUCCAUCGCCGAAAACGCCAAAGCCGCCAAAAUCCCGGCGCGGCGCGAGAGCGGCCGGCCCAUCAAACCUCCCCGGAAAGAUUUACCGGAUUCCCAGCAGCACCAAACCUCCAAGAAAGGGAAACUCUCGGAGCAGUUGAAAUAUUGCAACGGCAUCCUCAAGGAGCUGCUGUCCAAAAAGCACGCGGCCUACGCGUGGCCGUUCUACAAACCCGUGGACGCGUCGGCGCUGGGGCUGCACGACUACCACGAGAUCAUCAAGCAUCCCAUGGAUCUCAGCACCAUCAAGAGGAAGAUGGAAAACCGGGAAUACCGUGACGCGCAGGAAUUCGCCGCCGACGUUCGGUUGAUGUUCUCCAACUGCUACAAGUACAACCCUCCGGAUCACGACGUGGUGGCCAUGGCCAGGAAACUCCAGGACGUGUUCGAGUUCAGCUACGCCAAAAUGCCGGACGAGCCGCAGGAUUGCGGCGCGGCGUCGGCGUCGGCGCCGCUGCCUUUGGCCAAAUCUUCGUCCGAGGAUUCUUCCAGCGACGAGGACGAGGAGGAUGAGGACGAGGACGAGGAAGAGGACGAGGAGAGUUCCACGGAGACGUCCUCGGAGAGCGAGGAGAGCUCGGAUUCCGAGGAGGAGCGAGCGAAUCGCCUGGCGGAGCUGCAGGAGCAGCUGCGCGCGGUGCACGAGCAGCUCGCCGCGCUCUCGCAGGGCCCCGUGUCCAAGCCCAAGCGCAGGCGCGACAAGAGGAAGAAGAAGAAGUCGGAGAAGCACAAAGCGAGGGCGGGAACGGACGAGGAGACGCGGCAGCGGCAGGCGCAGCUGCGCAGGGCCCGGAAAAACUCGGCCGCGGCGGGUUCAAGGAACCCCAAGAAGAUCUCGAAGGCGGCGCCGGCGCCGGCGGCGUCGCUGCCGGACUCGGAGGAGGAGGAAGAGUUCAAACCCAUGAGCUACGACGAGAAACGGCAGCUGAGCCUGGACAUCAACAAACUGCCCGGGGAGAAACUGGGCAGGGUGGUUCACAUCAUCCAGUCCCGGGAGCCCUCCCUGCGCGACUCCAACCCCGAGGAGAUCGAGAUCGACUUCGAGACGCUCAAGGCGUCCACGCUGCGCGAGCUGGAGCGCUACGUCCUGUCGUGCCUGCGCAAAAAACCCCGCAAGCCCUACAGCGACGCCCUGAAGAAGCCGGUGGGGAAGACGAAAGAGGAGCUGGCCCUGGAAAAAAAACGGGAAUUGGAAAAGCGGCUCCAGGACGUGAGCGGACAGCUGAACUCGGCCAAGAAACCCCCAAAAAAGGCCAACGAGAAGCCGGAAUCCGCCCAGGCCGCGGCCGCGUCGCGGCUCAGCGCUUCCAGCUCCAGCUCUGACUCCAGCAGCUCCAGCUCCUCCUCCUCUUCCUCGGACACCAGCGACUCGGAUUCCGCUUAGAAUUCCCAGAACAAAAAACAAAAA